AAAAUGGGAAAACGCCUGAAGCCACCAGCGACUACAUUCUUUAACGAAGCGGAAGAUUAUUCCACGCUCAACCUCCUCCGCCACUUUCGCAAGAAUAUUUCAAAAAGCAUUGACGAAAAGGGAUAAUUAUGGAGGUGGACGGGCUGAAAAUUUUGACAACUGACAUUUACCCAAGUGAUAUUGGCUAUAAUGCCAGUUUGAACAUAACUUAUAAUGAAACGAUCGUCACAAUCGAGUACCUGAAUAUCACAAAAGAGCUUCCUAUAAAAUAUGCCCAGCCUAUGUACGGCUACAUAAUGCCAUUCCUCCUGUUGAUCACCAUAGUCGCCAACACCCUCAUAGUCGUCGUCCUGUCGAAAAGGCAUAUGAGAACACCGACCAACGCCGUCCUCAUGGCAAUGGCUCUAACCGAUAUGUUCACCCUGCUGUUUCCGGCACCGUGGCUCUUCUACAUGUACACCUUUGGAAACCAUUACAAGCCGCUGUCACCGGUUGGAGCUUGCUACGCAUGGAAUUACAUGAACGAAGUCAUACCUGCUCUUUUUCACACAGCUUCAAUUUGGCUGACUUUAGCUCUGGCAGUACAGAGGUGAGAACUCAUUUAAAAUCCAUCUGUAGAAUUUUCCCCUUUACAACUUUCAAUUAUUUAAAAUUUUCUGAUUACAAGGAGAACUUACAGACGUGGGACUACGGUCUUAAUAAACCUUUUUUGGGGAUACUAGGUCGAACAAUGUUGAAUCUUGUCCGAACGUUCUUGUCAAUUGGACCUUAAG